AUCAUUACAUUAACUUAACCCUUGCUAUACAAAACUAGAAAACGAACAAGGGAAUGAGAACGGCGAUGGCGUUGAACAACGGCUUGCGUUCGUGUGCUUCCAUUUUCUCCAAAACUGUGAAGAGAGAGUUCCACUCAACAGGCAUCAAGAGAAUGGGAGGUCAUGGACAUGACGAACCUUUUUACCUUCAUGCAAAACACAUGUACAACUUGGACAGGAUGUCAAACCAGAAGUUGAAGAUGACACUUGGUGUCUGGUCUGCAGUCGCCAUUGGUGUUAUAGUCCCAGUUUAUGCUGUUGUCUUCCAGCAAAAGAAAACUGCUUCGGGCUAGAUCAUCAUGAUAGUGCGUCUCCACCACAAUAAUGCUGCCCUUGGAGCUUCAAUGUCUGAAGAUGAACCUGUUGAAUUAGAGCGCAUUAAAUAGCUUUCAGUUUUGACUUAGCUUUACCCUAGUGGUUGCUUUUCUUGUUUCUGUUUUGGGACAACAUUUGUAUGCUUGGUUCAUUAAUAAUAUUUUCUGAAUUUGCUGAAA